UACCUAGUUCUGAAACGGCGCCAGCUACAUCGCAUAAUAUGAAAAGCAAACGUAGGUUGCGACUGCAGUGCACUUAUUAGUUUUGCAUUACUUUCGGCUUCUUGUAACCCCUGUGUAAAAAAUCAAAUACAGUGUCUCAUAUACUUAGAUAUAUGAAUAAUUAGUCAACAAUGGCUUCCGAAGAAGGAGUUCCAGUCGACCUUUACAUCUAUGAUCUGACACAUGGUCUGGCCUCCUUCCUAUCACCAGCAAUAUUAGGUCGGCAAAUUGAAGGCGUUUGGCACACGGCAAUAGUGGUGUACGAAAGAGAGUAUUUCUAUGGAGGCUCUGGAAUCACCAGCUGUGCACCGGGUAGCACAAGUCUGGGCGCACCGCAACAGGUGGAGAAGCUCGGGACCACGUUUGUUCCCUUCCAAAUCUUCAACGACUAUAUCCAGGGUUUAGGCACUACCACUUAUGCAGGUUCGGCUUACCACCUAUUGGAUCACAACUGCAACCACUUCAGCGACGAGGUGGCCCAGUUCCUGUGUGGGGCGAGGGUCCCCAAGCACAUUGUGUCGCAGGCUGAGCGGGAUUUACCGCCGCCUCUAAGACUCGCGCUCACGUCGAUGCUGGAGCAAAUGGUGCCCGAUGGAACCCAGGCGGUGUACGCGAACGGAGUUCGUCACAGUCGACAAGAUAGUCCCGAUUACCUCACGCUCAACAAUCAAAUAGAAGAAGCCAGGAUAGCCUCACAAGAACUCGAUGCAAGAAGAAACACAAUUGCAGAGAAGUUGGCGAAGAAGGAGAGGAAGAAAGAAAAGAAACGCAAGAAGCAACGCGACCACGAUGGUACUGGAGAUGCUGAAGAAAAUGAAAUGGCAGAAGCUGUGGAGGCGGUUGAGGCAAGAGAGCCAGUGUCCCUUGCAGGUCCGAGCUCCCGAGACUUGGACGUAGAAGAUGAGGAAAGAAAAGCUGAGGAACAACGCAAGAGAAGCAGAGAUCCUCCAGUUGUUUAUAAAGACAUUGAUGGGGUACAAGAAUUCGAGACGCUCUCAAAAACCCUCGAGGGAGUAGAUCUAUCUGCAGAAGAGAAGCAGAGCCUUGACGAGCUGCAACAAUACUUGGUGCAGGGUGAGGGAAGCUGGGUGCUUGGUGAUGACUUCCUGAGCUUCAUCGGUCGCGUACUCUCCGACCCAGACAUAAAGAGUGAGGCUCGAUGUGCCGCGCUGCGGUGUCUGGCUGCCAGCGCGCUCCGUGAAGAUGUGUCCCUGCUGCUGCACCAGGACAGACGACAACAUGCCAUCCUGGGUUACGCAAACGGCAUUGAUGCGCUGCCUCCAGAAGAACAGCUCGCCCUCGCUCUCUUUAUGUGCAAUCUGUUCGAGAACACAUCGUCUUCAGAGUGGUGUCUGUACAUCAGCGAGUGGGAGUACCGUGGGCAGCCCUUAUCGAACAUUAGGGUUACUACUAAGGUAUGCGUCUCAUGCACGCUGAGUCCUCAGACGGAGCUGCGGGAGUGCGGCACAGCGCUCAUGUACAACAUCGCCUGCAAGGAGCGGCUCGCGUUUGGCGGGCACAUUCGUGGUCAACUCCCCACCUCGGCUAAGUUCAAGGUGUUUGAUGAGGUUUGCGUCGAGCUAGCGAUGGCGGCGCUACAGCUGACGCAGUGGGCACCUGCUGAGGAACACCUGUGGCGCACCCUCACGGCAUUGGCCCGACUGGCGCAGCACUCCUCCGAGGUCCCGCAGCUCAUAGCCAUCGUGGGCCCAGACCCCGCAGCCUACAGGGGUACAAGUGCUCGCGUCGACGAACAAAUUGAUUUAAUAAUGAAAAAGUUGAAGUAACUGUCAUGUAAGUGGUUUUGGUAUGUUCAUACAUUUGUAUCUAUCAACUUUGGUAUAUUUUAUCGCGGUGAUAAUCUCAAAUGUAAACUAAUUUAUUGUAAUAUUGUGGUUUUGGUAUUAAUUUUCGUUUAAAUGUAUUUGUUAAUUCGAUUACUAUAAUGUAGUACCUGAAUUAUUAUUGUUAAUUGAUAGCUGAUGGUGCAUUUACAAGUGAUAUAUUAAAUAUUGGUUGUAUAAUAAAUAGUGUAUUG